AUGUGGGUGGUGCGUUAUUGUUGUAAUGCAUCCAACGUGGGUUUUGGGACAAAUCUCUUGAAAAGUCUAUGCAAAUUUAAAAGUGAUAACUAGAUUGGAAUUGAAAAGCAAUAAACAGUACUGAUUGUGUUGAUUACAGCAGAAACUGAUUUAUGUAAGAGCUGGAGUGCAGCAUUACUGGAUUAUGAGUAACUGAUUUCUGGGAGAAAACUGUGUGUUUGUUAAAACGCAAGUUGUUGGAUCCAGGCAAGAACCAGGACUUCUGAUUUAUUUGUAAGAGGGCUGGAAUACUACCGAUAUAGUGCGGAUCGCCCAGAGGGCCCCUGACGCGUGUACUUCAUCACUGGCGAGUGUCACUGAAAUCAGCAUUUGCACCGGCUAAUCGUCCAAGGCUUCUGAACGAAUAGCAUCGUUUAGAGACUUAUGUAGCGAAAGAAAUCAGCCACUGAGCUCAUAGAGUUUGGACCGAGAACAGAAAUCUAUUUUACAGUAAAAUAUAACCCUCAUCACCGAUUAUUGUCGAGGUUGCUUUGGAGAUAGUUACACGUUUGAUGUGGCUGGCACAAAGUAAAUCGCUCUCCAGUUUAUCAACUGUUUUCACUGCUGAUCGGUCCACUCCCCGAUCUGUUUACCUGUAAAUAGUCCUAAGGUACUCUAACCUGGUUGGGAUUUCAGUCAUGCAGUGUUUACAUCAUGGAUUUAAGUUACCACUAACAACCCUAUAAGGCUGAUAAAGGACCAAGGCGGAUCACAUUUUUCUAAGCAUUCUUGUUGUUUUUAAGAGCUGAAUUCUUUCCCCGGUGACUUGUUCAGCUAUCUACAGACUUGUGGAUACAAAAUGGCGGCCCCGCUCCGGCUUUGGUUGUUCUGUCAGUGGUGGCUGUUUGUGCUGGUGUUUAUUCUGGCGGUGGUCUCUCCCGUUCACGCGUGCCUACCUAAUUGUACGUGUAGCCCUGGGGAACUGGAGGUGGAUUGCAGCAAGGCGGGCUUAGUGUUGGUUCCUCGUGACUUACCGGCUACGGUGGUGCGUCUAAACCUGAGCUACAAUCUGCUGACAUCCAUUGAUCCAUCUCUCUUUACAGAGCUGACUAACCUAAGUGAAGUAUAUCUGGGGCACAAUGAGCUCAUUUCUGUGCCUUCACUUGGACCUCUCUCUUCAAGUAUCACUGUACUUAAACUGCAUCAUAACCAGAUCCAAAGCAUUAAUGGAAGCUUGCUGAAACUGUACACUUCCUUACAAGUUCUAGAUCUGAAUUCAAAUGAUCUCACAGAAGUAAGAAGCACUUAUUUUCCACCUGGACUACGCAUUAAAGAGUUGUAUCUGGGCAGUAACAAAAUUAGUAUUUUGGAGCAUGGUGCUUUCAAUAGCCUUGCUAGAUCUCUGCAAGUGCUUCGUCUGAGCAAAAAUCGAAUUGCCCACCUUCCUGUCAAAGCAUUCACCUUGCCCAGGCUAACACAACUGAGUCUUUCCUACAACAACCUUGUACGAUUGGAUAAAGGGAGCCUAGCUGGCCUGAGUAGCCUACAUACCCUCCGAAUGAGCCACAAUUCUUUAAGCCACAUUGCAGAAGGAGCUUUUAGAGGCCUGAAAGCUCUACGAAAUCUCGAACUGGACCAUAAUGAGAUCUCUGGUGCAAUAGAAGAUACCAGUGGAGCCUUUGCUGGCCUGGACAAUCUGAAUAAGCUAAUGCUGUUUGGAAAUAAGAUCAAGUCGGUGGCCAGGAAAGCAUUCUCAGGCUUGGAGGCCCUGGAGCACCUAAACCUGGGAAAUAAUGCAAUAAGGUCUAUCCACCCUGAUGCAUUUACAAGAAUGAAGAAAAUGAAAGAGCUCUACAUGAAUAGUGAUGGCUUCCUCUGUGACUGCCAGUUGAAGUGGUUACCACAAUGGCUAGCUGUAAAGGGCUUCCAAACUACUGUGGAAGCUACAUGUGCACACCCAGAGCCCUUGAAAAACAGAAGUAUUUUCACAGUACCUGCCGAAAGCUUUGUAUGCGAUGACUUUCCUAAACCUCAGAUUAUCCUUCAGCCUGAAUCAACAGUGGCAGUGCUUGGCAGAGAUGUCCGCUUUACAUGUUCAGCAGCCAGUAGCAGCAGCUCUGCUAUGACAUUUGCUUGGAAGAAAGAUAAUGAGAUCCUGCAUGAUGCUGAAAUCGAAAACUUUGCACAUGUGCGAGCAAGGGAUGGAGAAGUCAUGGAGUACACAACUAUCCUCCAUCUCAGACAUGUAACUUUUGCAGAUGAGGGGAGAUAUCAGUGCAUCAUAACUAACCACUUUGGCUCUACGUACUCUAACAAGACACGCCUGACUGUCAAUGUGUUACCAUCAUUCAUUAAAACCCCUAGUGAUCUCACCAUUCGAACUGGUGGUAAAGCCAGGUUGGAGUGUGCUGCUGAAGGGCAUCCAGCACCACAGAUUGCUUGGCAGAAAGAUGGAGGAACUGAUUUUCCUGCUGCUCGGGAGCGGCGCAUGCAUAUCAUGCCUGAUGAUGAUGUUCUCUUUAUUACAAAUGUAAAAAUUGAUGAUAUGGGUGUUUACAGCUGUACAGCCCAGAAUUCAGCAGGCACUGUUUCUGCCAACGCAUCUCUGACUGUGUUGGAGACCCCAUCUUUGGUUCACCCUCUGGAAGACCAUACAGCUGCUAUUGGAGAGACUGUGGCACUCCAGUGUAAGGCUACUGGAAGUCCACCUCCUCGUGUAACUUGGCUGAAAGAUGAUGGACCCCUCCAGAUUACAGAGCGGCAUCACUACACUCGUGGUAACCAGCUGUUGAUUAUCCAAAAUGCAGUGUUAGAAGAUUCUGGAAAGUAUACCUGUGAGAUGUCAAAUACUCUUGGAACUAAACGGGCUUAUAGCCACCUCAAAAUCAUGUCAUCCCAAGCUUGUGUUCAGCAGUUCCCAGGAAAAGAUGGGUCCAUGGCUGUGGGGAUCAUAGUGAUUGCAGUUGUGUGCAGUAUAUUGAUUACUUCUUUUGUAUGGGUGUGCAUCAUCUAUCAGACCAGAAAGAAGAGUGAAGAAUACAGUGUAACUAACACAGAUGAGACUGUUGUUCCUCCUGAUGUGCCAAGUUAUCUUUCUUCUCAAGGUACCCUCUCAGACAGACAAGAAACGUGCAUCAGGGCUGAAGGAAGUAGCACACUACAACGAAAUGGUCAUAUAGAAAGCAACGGUGAAUGCAGUAUUAUCCCGGUAGUCUGUACAGAUUGUCAUGAUAAUGCUGUUUUUUACUCGGCAGACAGAGAGUACUUUCCCCAAACAUUCAAGCCUGUGGAUAAGUCAUACGAAAUGCCAAUGGAUAACAAACCAGUGAAAGAAGGCAGCAAUAAUUUUACUAGCUCUACCACUAUGUGUAAUGGGACUCCAGUAGUUCCAAAAGGGAACAGAAAAUUUGCAUCGUUUCCUAGUAACCACGACAGGAUAGCAUCAUCACAUACAUGCAUUUCGUCAGCAGGACUUGGUAAUACAAAAGAUCCUCCUGCUCAGACUUCGGAGCCACCCCCUACUAAUUUGCACCCUUCCUCAUUAGAUGACUUGAAUCAUCAGCCUAGUGUACUGUGUGGAAAUCUUCAGACUUUGUUAGACAGCCAGAAUGAGGUCAAACAAACUCUUCUUUCAAAUGGGCACUUAAUCAAAUCACUAGACUCAAAUAGUGAGUGCACACCAUUGAGAAGAACAAGUGACUGAGCAGAAAAUAAUGUGUGCAAAGUAACAUUACGUUUGUGUAUAUAUCUUGCACUAAACAAUGCUUUUUUUGAGACUACCUCAGUUUUUUAAAAAAAAACACCUCUCAACAGAAGAACUAAGUCUUUGAGGAUACAGCUUGUGUGGGAAAAGUCCUGUCCGAGCGUUAUAAAUCUGUAUAUAGUUUAAACUUCUAUGGAGAAGUAUUGGUAGUUCAACACUUGACCUACAUUUAAGGCACGCAAAUGUAGGAGUUACUGUACAGAGAUGUUUUAUUUGAUACAGUUGUAUAUAAGAGUUUUAUAUAUAAAUAUAUAAAUGUAUCUUUUACAGAGAGUAUUUUAAUCUUUAUUUAGUGCAUGAGCAACAGAGUGAAAUUUUGAGGGUUUUGUUUUUCAGAAUAUCCUUUUACAUAAAUAGUUUGCUUCCCUUCCCCAACUUUUAAUGGGGAGAAAUCUUUGUGGUGCCUUAAAGUGCAGAUAGAACUUAAAAGUGACUUCCAUUGUAUUAUUUAAAGAAAGAAAUAUUUUUGAGAAGCACUGGAAUGGGCUGAAUGCUAUAGUUGUUGAAUGUUUACAGAGAGGCUGAAACAAAUUUCCAAGAGUCCUGCAAGAAACGGAUACCAACAAACUGAAAAUUUAUAUCACCAGAAAUAGUUCCAAGAACUUAACCAAUUCAUAACUGGAUUGCCCACACCCACAGUGCAUUUAGAAAACAUAAUCAACAUAAGUAUGACACUUGGAGCAUGAUGACAGAUUGUGCAGAUGGUGCAUUUGCUAGCUAAUGGGUGUUUUAGGCGGCAGGUAUAGCCCCAUGUCAGUCGGUGAAUGAGAAUGGGUGAGGGUUUAGAGUUAGAAAAGCUGGUGAAAUCAUUUCUUUGGUAGCCAACUAGGAAUGGUCUGGAACUGAGUGUAGACAGAAAGUUGCAGUUAAUAAAUCUGGCAAUGUGCCACAAUAGCUAAAGAUUGCAGGGAAACAUUCCUCUUUUCCCCAAAAUAUAAAUUGCACUUAAAAUGAAAAUGUUGGCAUAGUAUGUAUGCUAUUUGAUGGUAAAAUUAUAAGUGACUGUUUUCAGAAUUUUUUUGACAAAACGUUUUGAUGAGGGUGAGUAAUUAAAGAUGGAGAUAUUUGCUUACUUCCAGAUUUCAGGACAUCCAGAAAAAAAAAAACAUUUCUUAAUGAAGCUUAUUUCAUUAGAAAUUUGUUGAAACUACCUGUUGACUGUUUUUUUAUUUGAGUCCCGAAGUUAUUCUUGAAUUAAAAAAAAAAAAAACAA